CCAGGAACCGCGAGCCAUAGAUCACGCGUAUACGUCGCGCAUCUGCGGCGCCGUUAGUCAUCGGCGACGAGGAACCCGUCCGGUUCGAUUUCACGCGCGUUUCGUCGGCUCCGGUCGCUUCGACUUCGCUCCGAUCUCGCUCUUCGGUUUUGCGCUUCGAGCUGCGACCAAAACGCUCAUCGGCUUCGCGAGUACGGAGAACCGUUGACAAGCAACGUGGACAAGCAAGAGGUUCGAGUGAUUAUUAUUUCGCACGGUGGUUGGUAAACUGGUUCUCGUCGAUUACCGGUUUCAUAGGGAUGAUCGGUUCGAAGAUCGAGCAAUAAAUUAUUUUGGCCCGUUGCUUGGGAGCUUUGGUACGAGUUUACCGUGUGGUUUGGAAAAAAGUGUAGAAAUUUCCGGCCGUAUCGUAGUUUUCCAAUCGAGUGAAAGAAAGAGUUUUGGCGAUACGCAUUUGUCCUUUAAUCGUCAUUUUACAUGCAUACGAUUUUCUGUUCCGUUCGCGUUCCUCUUUCGUUAAAUGUUCGCGUUUUCGUUGGAUAUCUCGAGCGAGGACUGAUCGUUGUAUUAGCAAUCUUAUUUGUUUCCCUUAGCUUUAGUUCUUAACGUAGAACCGGAGUGACAGAUUGAUCGAACGUCAUCGACGUUUCUUUUCCUUUUUCAAAAUUGAAUCGCUAAAAGUGCGCGAUACAUGUUACUAAAUAUUUAUGGUAAAAUCGAGGAUCGAAUAGCGCAGAAAUACUUCGUUUAAACGGUAAAUCAAGAAACUGCACCGUUUCCAUGAAAUAUGUACGUAUCUCGUUUACUUUUGGGACAAGGUGGCUACCGUCACUCGUUUCGGGAUCUUAAGAGACGAUGAAACGUUAUCGAAGAUUCGACUGUAAAUUUCCACGACGUAUUUAAGCCAGAUCUGUACCGUCGAUCAACUUUUAAGAUCGGAGGAAAUCCGCGAUUCGCCAGUAAAAAUCAGACGGAUUAUCUCGCAGUUUCAGGAAAGCAUGGAGGACAGUAGCCGGGGUGAGAGUUUGUGCAAAGUUUGCGGCGACAAAGCAUCCGGCAAGCAUUACGGAGUACCGAGUUGCGACGGAUGCCGUGGCUUCUUUAAGCGGUCGAUCCGCAGGUAUGCGAGAAACCUGGAUUACGUCUGUAAGGAGAACGGUCGCUGUAUCGUGGACGUUUCUCGUCGUAAUCAGUGCCAGGCAUGUCGGUUUACCAAGUGCCUUCAGGUCAACAUGAAACGAGAUGCGGUGCAGCACGAAAGAGCUCCACGAAAUACCUCGUCCCUGGUCGCAGCCGCGAGAAGAGGUCCGUCGGUUUUAUAUCCUGGAAUCCCACACGUUUACCACGCAGCGAGCAACCCUUACCAUCCCCUUUUGUAUCCUGCGCUAUUUCCCUUCAAGCCGACAAUGUCGGCUUUUACACCAUCGGUCGCACAUUUUUUGCCACGUUCACCGACAGAGCCGUUAACAGUGAACACAGCUAAAGAGGACGAGGUGACGAGUUCCGAGGAGGCUGGACCGAUCGAAACGAGAAUCGAACCAAAGGAGGAACUCGCAUGCGCUCGACUAGCACCGUCCGUCACGAACUCUGCAGCAACGGAUUAUAUAUCUAGCUUCUCUAUUUUACCCACGGAGAACAUCUACGAAUUUGCGGCGAAAUUACUCUUCUUUGCUGUCAGAUGGGCGAGAAGCAUUCAUUCGUUCUUACAACUGCCCUACAGGGACCAAACUAUUCUACUGGAAGAAUCUUGGAGCGAGCUUUUCGUGUUGACCGCCGCGCAGUGGAACUUUCCAGUCGAAGAAUCCACUUUGGUACCGAACGAUUUAUCAUCCGAAAGAAAGGAGACGCUCGUCGACGAAGUAAGGAAGCUGCGAGAGUUAUUGGCAAAAUGUGCUCUUCUCAGGGUCGAUCAUUCGGAAUACGCCUGCUUGAAGGCCAUAGUUCUCUUCAAAGGAGAAUCGCGAGGACUAUGCGAACCAGGGCGAAUAACAGCGUUACAAGAACAAACGGUAGCUGUAUUCUGUGAGAGGGAUGCACGGAGGGUUGGACGACUUUUGCUGCUGUUGCCGCCCGCACGCGCGCUUUGUCGAUCUAUCUUGCAAGAAUUGUUGUUCAAGCCGACGGUAGGGGAUGUCAGCGUGGAACGAUUAUUGGGCGACAUGGUCAGUGCUCUCAGGCCGACAUAACGCCAAUUCGACUCGGUCGGUACGAUACUCUUGGGGCAAGCCACCAAUUUAUAUCAACAAUUGCUUCAAAGACAAUUGCAACAUUUUUGGAGGAACGAUCGUUUCCAAUGAUCGUGAGAUUUCGGCGUUUUAUCGUUCGCUAUUUCUUUUCAAAUCACGAGGAGACGAGGAGUAAUAGUACCGAUGCAUCGA